AUUUCAUCGAUUGCUACAAAAGAAAAGCAUAAGUUUAACUAGCUCAGAUUCCUUUCCUGAUCUCUUUCUAAUUAUAUAUCGAUGUUAAUCAAAAUUAGAAUAAGCAAAACCCAUCAAGCUGCUAAAUUCAAGCUAUAUUGUUCACUGUUAAAAACACAAACAUACCCAUCUAUUUUCUUCAUUCACCCUUCAAGAAACCCAUCAAACUCAAUCCAAAAUCUAUUGAUGUGGGUCUCUGGUUGGUUUUUAGAUGGAUACUUUGUUUAGGCUUGUUAGUCUUCAACAAUCUGAUCAAUCUUUCAAUAACUCUACUAGCAGAACCUCUAGCAGCUCUAGAUCCUCGAGACAAAACAACCACCAUCACUACCAGCAAGAAGACGAAGAAUGCUUCAACUUUUUCAUGGAUGAAGAAGACUUCUCUUCGUCUUCUUCUAAGCAUUAUUAUCCUUAUCACCAUCAACAACAAACGGCCGCUACUACCCCUGCUACCACCACCACUAAUAUUAGCACCCCCACUACUCAUCAUGCUGUUGAAUCCGCUGACUUCUCUUUCUCACCUUCUCGUGAGCUAAAUUUCGAAUUUUCCGGCAAGUGGGCCACUGAUAUCCUCCUGGAAACUGCUCGGGCAUUCGCCGAUAAAAACAGCGACCGUGUUCAGCAACUUAUGUGGAUGCUCAAUGAACUCGCCUCCCCUUAUGGCGACACUGAUCAAAAGCUUGCCUCCUAUUUUCUCCAAGCUUUAUUUAGCCGGAUGACGGAUUCUGGUGAGCGAUGCUACCGAACUUUAGCUUCUGCAUCGGAUAAAACUUGCUCUUUCGAGUCUACAAGGAAAAUGGUAUUGAAGUUUCAAGAGGUGAGUCCUUGGAGUACUUUUGGUCACGUAUCUUGUAAUGGUGCAAUCAUGGAAGCAUUUGAAGGUGAAACCAAAUUGCAUAUUAUUGAUAUUAGCAACACAUUUUGCACCCAGUGGCCUACUUUGCUAGAAGCCCUAGCGACCCGCAAUGAUGAGACACCUCAUCUCAGGCUAACCACCGUAAUUACUACCAAAACUGGUGGUGGGGGUGGUGGCAACGGAGGUUUAGCUGCCGUCCAGAAGGUAAUGAAAGAAAUUGGAAGCAGAAUGGAAAAAUUUGCAAGACUUAUGGGCGUUCCAUUUAAAUUCAAUGUCAUCCACCAUGCAGGUGACUUAUGUGAUCUAAACUUAGCUGAAUUGGACAUUAAAGACGAUGAAGCUCUAGCCAUCAACUGUAUAGGAUCUCUACACUCGGUUACUUCAGUUUCUAACAGCAGAGAUCAUAUCAUAUCAAGUUUUCGAAGAUUGCAGCCAAGAAUCAUCACUAUUGUCGAAGAAGAAGCUGAACUUGAUGUGGGUUCUGAUGGGUUGGAUUUCGUAAGGGGCUUUCAAGAAUGCUUGAGAUGGUUUAGGGUUUAUUUUGAAUCAUUGGAAGAGAGCUUUUCAAGAACAAGCAACGAAAGAUUGAUGCUUGAGAGGGCUGCAGGACGUGCCAUAGUUGACUUGGUGGCUCGUCAGCCGUCCGACUCAAUCGAACGGCGGGAGACAGCCACGCGCUGGUCUGCAAGGUUGCAUGCAUGUGGAUUUAACCCUGUUUUGUUCAGUGACGAGGUGUGUGACGAUGUACGCGCCCUGUUGAGGAGGUAUAUGGAAGGUUGGUCAAUGACACAGUGCAGCGACGCCGGAAUAUUCCUGUGCUGGAAGGACCAGCCGGUAGUGUGGGCUAGUGCAUGGAGGCCUUGAUUGAUAGAUGAUGGGUUUAUUAUUAUUUAAGAAAAAAAAAUCAAAGUUUUGUGGAGUGAUUGACACGUGUGAUGUGUUUUUUGGGCACGUGCAGGGGAUGUUUGUGGGGGUUGAUUUAGAUGGGAAGGGGUAGAUAUUUGCUUUGAUUUGAAUAGGAAUGAAGCUGAAGUUAAUUAAAUUUUAUUAAUCUUAAUUUGUUUACAAUUUUUUUUUUUACAUUUUAUGCAAAGAAUUGGCUCAUGGGCUUUUUAGUCACAAUAAAAAUGUAUUAUAUUUUCAUA